CUCCCCUCCUCCUCCUCCUGUCCACUGUGAAUAAUCCCCCCUUGGACGGAGACAGCGAGAGGGGCGCUCACCGAGGCGCUCGGCAUCACCUCCGCGGCAACAGCAUCAGCACCAGCAUCAGCAACGCUGGGAUCCCCGGAGCACCCCGGCUCCCCGGCCGCCACGAUGAAGAUGGUCAGCAGUGACAAGAACGGAUUUUCCUUCAAGAAGUGCUCGGCGUUCCAGUUCGUCAAGAGGAAGGUGCGUCGAUGGAUACGGAACCCAAAGGUGAACAUGGAAAAGGGUCAGAGCAAAGCCUUCCUGUACCCAGGUAGCAAAUGUCAAAUGGACCAGGACCUCUGGUACACACAGUUCCCCCCUUAUGGCUGCUGCCAUUUCAGCCAUGGGUACUACCUACAGGACGAACCGCCUUGUGUUGUGGACAAAGGGAAAGGUUGUAAGGUAAGGAAAUGGAAAAUGCUGAACCGUCACCACGGCGACAAUAAGCAGAAGAGUCCGUGCAGGGAGCAGGAGAUGGACAUGCAUGCAAGCUGCUCCUGGUCAGUGAGGGCCACCCCACUUCUGGCCACGCCCGUCAUGUUGGAGUGCUGUGUCUGCAGUGGACCUUUCGUCACCUACGCCAUGGAGGAGGUGUGGCAGCCCAGAGAGCGCACUCAGGCAAUGGACCUGUACUAUCCCAGUGUUCCUGUCCCAGAGACAAGCUACUGCUGUGCUAAUGACUCAGCUUUCAUGAAACAGAGAAGAAUGGGACUGAAUGACUUCAUUCAAAAGCUUGCCACAAACUCCUAUGCCUGCAAGCACCCUGAAGUCCAGUCUAUUCUCAACAUGAACCCCCCUCAAGAAGCAGAGCUCAUGAAUGCAAACCCCUCCCCUCCUCCUAGCCCAUCACAGCAGAUCAACCUGGGGCCAUCUUCAAACCCCACCGCCAAACCCUCUGAUUUCAACUUCCUCAAAGUUAUUGGAAAAGGAAGCUUCGGGAAAGUGCUCCUGGCCAGGCACCGGAGUGACGACAAAUUCUACGCUGUGAAAGUUUUGCAGAAGAAGGCCAUUUUAAAGAAGAAAGAGGAGAAGCACAUCAUGUCAGAGAGGAAUGUGCUCCUGAAGAAUGUGAAACACCCUUUCCUGGUGGGGCUCCACUACUCCUUCCAGACAGCAGACAAACUCUACUUCGUCCUGGAUUAUAUUAAUGGAGGAGAGCUGUUUUAUCACCUGCAGAGAGAGCGCUGCUUCCUGGAGCCGAGGGCCCGUUUCUACGCGGCGGAGAUCGCCAGUGCGCUGGGCUAUCUGCACUCUCUAAACAUCGUUUACAGGGACUUGAAGCCGGAGAACAUCCUGCUGGAUUCUCAGGGACACAUAGUGCUCACCGACUUUGGCCUGUGCAAGGAAAACAUUGAGCCCAACGGCACUACGUCCACUUUCUGCGGCACACCGGAGUACUUGGCACCAGAGGUUUUGCACAAACAGCCGUAUGACAGAACAGUGGACUGGUGGUGCCUGGGAGCAGUGCUGUAUGAGAUGCUGUAUGGACUGCCUCCUUUCUACAGUCGCAACACUGCAGAGAUGUAUGACAACAUCCUGAACAAGCCCCUGCAGCUGAAGCCCAAUAUCUCCAAUGCAGCACGCCAUCUGCUGGAGGGAUUACUGCAAAAGGACCGGACCAAGAGGCUGGGCUGCACUGAUGACUUUACUGAGAUCAAGAAUCACAUGUUCUUCUCCCCAAUCAACUGGGAUGACCUGAAUUCCAAGAAACUCACGCCUCCCUUCAACCCCAAUGUGACUGGCCCUAAUGACCUGCGACACUUUGACCCGGAGUUCACUGAUGAGCCCGUCCCCAAUUCCAUCGGAUGCUCGCCGGACAGCACUCUGAUCACGGCUAGCAUCAAGGAGGCAGCCGAGGCUUUCCUUGGAUUCUCAUACGCCCCGUCAAUGGACUCUUACUUAUAAUUCGGAAUGACAGACUUGCCCAUGGGUCUUCUUCUUCAAAAAAUCUCACUGGAAGAGGAAAUAUUUGCACAUUGCUUUGAGGCAGCUUUUUGGCCUUUAACUUUGAGAAUGGUCUGACUUAACAACGAGACGUCCUCAUUAAGCACAGUUCUCUUCCGCCAAGUCAGGAGAUCUGUGCAAAUCAUCGUUACCGCAGAGGAAUUACAGUGGCAUCAACUGCUACCAAGAAGAUACUAAUGUAGUUUUCAUGUUUUUGUUUCCAUUGUCACGAAGGAAGACCCCCUUGAACUGAAUGUUACAAGGAUAUUUUGUAAGGUGCCUUUUCUGUCUGACCAUAGCUUGACCAGAUCUGAACGUGUUCCUCAUCUGAUGGACAACUUCAGAACCUGUGGUUGAACUUUCCAGUGUGAACGUUGAUGUUUGCGGUUUUUGGUGUCACUUAAUGUUCAUGACACCAGACUUACUGUUUUAAUAACUGACCAACACUGCAGUGUGGGGCUCUCCAUUGUCUGCUUCUUCCACAUAUGGAAAAUGCAAAAUUUGCUGUAGAAUUUCAAUUCUAUUUGAAAAAUUUGUUUGCUGACCCACAAAAUGCUAGAGAAAGCAUUGCUGCUACAUUUCUUGUAAAUACGGACCUGGACAAAAAAAAAAAAAGAAAAAAAAUUUAAAAAUGUCCCAUCUGGAGAGUCAUUAUCACAGUCUUCCAUUGCCUAUUUAUGUAUUAAUGUUGUACAGUUGGGCAUUACUGUGCGUCUAAACUUGACAUUCCAUUUAAUAUUGCUGUGCACCAGUAUUUAAGUUCAUAUGU